CAUCGUUGGAAUGAAGAAUAAAAAAGAUCUAGAGCGGGCCCGCAUUAGAUUAGCGGAAAUACUGAAUGUCCACAAGGCAGACUAUCGGAAUGGACAGAUUCAGGAGUUGUUGCAGAAAUACUGUCAAGGACACCAAGGCCAACAAAAGAUUAUAAACUUGUUUCAAUUAAUUGUGCUGCUUAUUUUUCUGUAUCUCAUUGGGAAAUACUAUUAUGAGGAACUUCAGGGAAAGAAUUGUGCUCUUUCUUUGCCACGCACCUUGCGUUAUGCCCUUCGACCGCCCGAGAGUUGUUACUUUUGUGAAAAUAUUAAACAUGUGCCACGCCUUCAAAACAUCAGUCCCCAGGAGUUUGAGCAAAAAUUUGCUUACAGUGCUGCCCCUGUUAUUGUCAGUGAUGCCACACAAAAUUGGACAGCAGUUUCGCUCUUCAACUAUUGGUACUUCCGUGAUGUCUAUGCCAAGGCCAAGCAAAAGCAACACAUUAGGGAGUGCCAGUUUCUGCCGUAUAAAACAGGAUUCCUUGACAUAUAUGAAGCACUAGAUAUGCCCGAGGAUCGGGUGAACCUGAGGCCUAGGGAACAGCCUUGGUAUUUUGGCUGGAGCAAUUGUCAUGCCGAAACGGCCGAGGAAUUUCGGCGGCACUACGGAAGACCCUACUUUCUGCCAGAAAGUUCCGAGAAUAAUGCAGUCGAUUGGUUCUUCAUAGGUACUUCCGGUCUGGGCACCCAAAUGCAUAUUGACAACGUGAGACUGCCGUCGUGGCAGGCACAGUUGGCGGGCAGCAAACGAUGGCUACUGGUUCCACCUCCGGAGUGCUACCUGCAGUGCAAGAGCUUCGAUGUGGUUGUCCAGCAGGGCGAUAUAAUUGUGCUCGACACGAACAAAUGGUACCACCAGACCUUUGUGGAGCCGGGAGCCAUUAGUCUGACCAUUGGUGCGGAGUACGACUAAGUUGGACCGGCUGCCAGUGGGUUUUCCUCGUGACAGGAAACGGCGGCUGCCCCAACAUCUCCAUCUGCAGACGGACGGACAAACCAAACACAGACAAAUAUGGCCAACUGUUACCACUGUUACAGUAACAAACUUAACUUUAACAUUGCAUUUUGCUAGCCAUAUUACUCGCUUUUCGCCAGCCGGUUUGUUAAUUAAAUGCCAAAAACACGCAAA